GAAUAAUACGCAUGAAACGCGCCGUGUAAAGGGAUUGCCUCCGACGCGAAUUGGAUGCAGCGACGUCAUCAGGAGUUCCCUACACGAAUGUCAAGAGCCAGCAGAGAUUCCGGUCGGCUAUGGCUCGCUUAGCGAAACCUCAGAUCCCGCCGUCCGAGCCACCCUUCAUCUCUCCAUGGCAGCUGCGGGUCCGGUCGGGGAAGUGGGCGGCGUCAGGCUGCCGCUGCAGUCAUUACAUGGGUACGGAUCUGUGUUCAUGUACUCGGCGUCGACGAGUCCCGGGGGUGGUGGUGGUCAGGGUGGCGGAGGCGGAGGUGAAGUCACCCUCCGCCUCCGCGAACCCGAGGACAUUCCCGAAGAAGUUCUUGCACGCCUGGAGGACACCGCCACCCUCUCCAUCUCCCUUCAAGGCGAUGCAGUUCUGAGGCUAGGGGCGGCUGGCACAGGCAAUGGAAAUUUAGAGCUGUUCGAUAGUGAGAGCGGACCGGACCUCACACUAUCACCUCAGACCUUCACGUCAACGGCAGAGGCCUUCAUCAAUGACAAUAGCGAUAGUCUCGGUGUUCCAGGAGACAACGAUACGGGUAGUAGCGAGGAGUCGAGACCUGGUGCCGGUGAUCCUGGAAAGUUGGGCGUGAAGAAACCGAGACCGAAGGCCUCGUCGCCCAACAGACAGGGACCACAGCAAUGCCAGGUCUGCGGGAAGGUGUUCAACAACGCAUCGGCGCUCACGAAGCACAAGCUGACGCACAGCGACGAGAGGAAAUACGUGUGCACGAUGUGCGGCAAGGCGUUCAAGCGGCAGGACCACUUGAACGGACACAUGCUGACGCAUCGGAACAAGAAGCCGUACGAGUGCAAAGCGGAAGGAUGCGGCAAGUCGUACUGCGACGCGAGAAGUUUAAGGAGGCACACGGAGAACCACCACGCUGGUAGCAAGGUAAACGAAAGCGUCAGUCCUAGCAGUCCCACAACCGGUCCCCAUACUCCGAACACGCCAGGAAGCAAUCCCAGCACACCUAGCACACCUGGUGCGACAUCGACGCCAAAUGGCCACGGACAUCCAGCCUUGAAGCAACUGCUCGCCACUGAGCCCACGCAGGCGCAGCAGCAAAAGAUAUUUUCAGACGUAACACGCCGCCAGUCCAUGGCGGAUAAGACGGAUCAAGCGUUACGGCGAAGCCAGAGGUGA